ACCGUCUGUCAAUAAUCAUCAGAAUACCUUCAUCUGUUCGAAAGAACAAGGGUGAAAUCAUGUCUCAUUUCCGCCGCAAUCAGGGUCGUUUCUCUGCCAAUACGGCUUCGGAGGCGUAUCAGCGUCAACUCGCGACGCCUGUACACAAGUGGAAGAAAGCAUGGGUAUCCCCAACGGGGCUACAGCCAGAAAGCUCUUACAAGGUGAAUACCUAGCUAGGGAGAUGCGGUCUGAAAAAUUGACGCGUUGCUAGAUCUGCAAAUGGGUCAGAGUGCCGAAGGUGAGAUCACCUUGCGCCCAUCCG